UCUUGCUCAUUUAAUAUUUCAUCUUAAUUGUUUCCAUUUAGAUCAAUGUGCUUUACAAUUUAUUUAUUGACUUUUUAUUUAAUUUUAAUUAACAAUUGAACAUAAUUCACUUUUCUCGUGAGACUAAUUAAUCAGUGAAAUAAUUAUUUAAAUUGACAGAGAGAAACAAAGAAAAAGUAAUCAGAAAAGUCUUUACCAUUUUCUUGGUUUGGUGAUUUAUCUUUACAUUUAAUUUCCAACAAUUAACCAUCACAAUUAAACAUGGUGAAAGCAACAAUGUGCUCCCGACCAAAUCAACAAGGCUGUGGACUAUUUUAUUAUAAAUUUGCAAGUAUAAACGGAAUAAUGAAUUUCAUCAAAUCAGCUGUUUUUGUCUACGACACAGUGACCCUACCUGGGUACUAUUUGGCAGGUAAACCCUGGGCAUCGAAGUCCAUUACCUUUGGACGGAAAAAUAAUACCAAAGUGCUGGUCACUCCAAGUAUAAAUCCGGAAACUGGACUACCCGAGUUGACCAUUGUCCGAGUGGGUGAUCAGCCAACUUCUCACCUUGAUUCGCAUGAAACUGUUGAUUCGGCGAUGGCUGAAGUUUUCAAUCGAUUCUCAUCUAAACCAUGUUUGGGAUAUCGUGAGGUUUUGUAUGAAGAGGAAAUCAUUUCGCCCGAAUCCGGUAAACGGCUUAAAAAGAAGGUGUUAGCACCCGCUUACAAUUGGCACACAUUUGCUCAGAUCGAUAAAUUGGUCGACGAUUGUUCAAGAGGUUUAUUGUCACUUGAUUUGGUCAAAUCAGGUGACCGAGUGGUCAUUUUUGCAGAAACUCGAAUGGAAUGGCUAAUCACUUUUCAUGCUUUAUUACGUCUAAACUGUCCAGUGGUCACUCUGUAUGCUAAUCUUGGUUCCGAUGGGAUUGUUCAUACUCUUAAUCAAUCAGAGGCAACGAUUGCUAUUGUUUCACCUGAAGUAUUACCCAAACUGACCCAAUUACGAGGUGAACUUAAACAUCUCAAGAAUUUAAUUCUCUUAGAAAGUAAAGGUUGUCUCCCAAUGGACACAACUGAGCUCGAAUCUUUGUACAAUGUUAUUCAAUGGUCACGACUUUUGUCGACCGGUGGAUCUGCAUCACCACACUUGAAACCUUCCUCUCGACCAACCGCUGAUUCAACUGCUCUUAUCAUGUACACCUCUGGUUCAACUGGAGUCCCAAAAGGAGUUGUCAUUAGUCAUAAAAAUUUUCUGGCCGCAGUUCGCGCCAUGAAUACCAUUUUGUCCCAAUAUCAAGCGAAAGACGGUAAUUACAUUGGUUAUCUACCUUUGGCUCAUAUUUACGAAUGUGUCGUUGAACAUUGUAUGAUGAUGAUGGGCCAUCCCAUUGGCUACUCAUCUCCUUUAACUUUGACCAACAAUUCACCAGGAAUUAAGCCUGGAGUCGAAGGCGAUUUAACGGUCCUCCAACCUCGAUUACUUUGUGGUGUACCUUUGGUACUUGAUCGUAUCCGUAAAGAGGUAACCAAAAUGGUCGAGGCUAAAGGCGGUAUUGCCGCUAAACUGUUUCACUUUGGUUUAGAUUAUAAAAAUUAUUGGAUGUCAAAAGGAUUCCAAACACCAUUAAUGGAUCGACUAGUUUUUUCUCGAACUCUUUCCGCUCUCGGAGGUAAAUUGGUUGCCAUCGUUUCCGGUGGAGCUCCUCUCUCAGUAGAAACCCAGUACUUUGCACGUGCGUGUUUCUCAUGUCAUUUAAUCGUUGGCUAUUCAGCCACGGAAGUUUGUGCGGCAAGUACCUGUAUGGAUCUUGGAGACAUGAGCCUUGGUAAUGUGGGUUACCCGUUAUUCAAUGUUAAAAUCCGUUUAAUCGCUUGGGAAGAGGGAGGAUAUCGACCAGAUGAUAAGCCUAAUCCACGUGGGGAAAUCCUUAUCGGUGGUGAUACAGUGGCCAUGGGCUAUUAUAAGAACCAAGAGGAAUCCGAUGCCGCUUUCAAAUUUGAAAAUGGCCUCAGAUGGUUUUAUACUGGAGACAUUGGUGAAGUUUUGACCGAUGGACGAAUCAAAAUUAUCGAUCGACGAAAAGAUUUAGUCAAAUUACAAUUCGGUGAAUACAUUUCUCUUGGAAAGGUUGAAGCUGGACUAAUGGGCUGUCCACUGGUCGAUUCGAUUUGCGUCUAUGGUGACAGUUUACAUAAUUAUACGAUCGCUUUAAUUGUUCCCAAUUCACAUUCACUCAAACUCUUGGCUGGAAGAUUGUCAGCUGACUUAAGCGAUGAAACAAUUAAUGAUCUUUGUGAUAAUCCAAAAGUUAAUCAACAAUUUGUCAAUGAAUUGACAGAAUUUUCAACACGAAUCGGAUUCAACAAGUACGAAAUUCCCAGAAAGGUCAAACUGUGUAAAGAAGAGUGGACACCCGAUUCGGGUCUGGUCACUGCAGCGAUGAAAAUUCGUCGAACUGAAUUGAAAAAAUUUUAUUCUCAUGAUAUUGAAUUAAUGUAUUGUGAUGAUGAGAUUGAUUUGAAUGCAAAUAUGAGGAAAAUUUGAUUGAUUACCUUUCCUAAUUAAAUGUCUCUUUUUUUCUUCAAUUGUAAAUGUAAUAUUUCAAUAAUAACGUUUUGUGAUUUCCUCUCAA